UAAAAGCGAUAUGCAGUCUCUUUAUGGAUUAUCAGUUUGCUAACUGAAUUCAAAGCAGUCGCAUCGACGAUUUCAUUGACGUUAUCAUUUAUUCAGUUAUUCUGUUCACAUAUUUCUCUGUUACAAUGUAUCGUUUUGUCGCUCUUUUUGCUUUGGUUGCUGUAUCCCAAGCCGCCUACACUCUGAACCCAGCAGGCCCAACUUACGCAGGUAUUCACACUCCGGCCAUUACCAGCCAGCAGUCUAAUAUCCUACGCAGUUAUGGAAACUUGGGACAGAUCUCGACCUACUCGAAGACCAUCGAUACUCCCUACUCUUCAGUCAGCAAAUCCGAUGUGCGAGUAAGCAAUCCAGGACUGGCGGUUGGCCAUAUCGCCGCUUCUUAUCCACAUCCAAUCGCUGCUCCUGCUUAUGGCCAUGUCGGUUAUGCUGCUACGGCACUUAAGAAUCCGGCACUACUGGGCGUUGCAUAUUCCGCUGCUCCAGCCGUUGCGCACAUGACUUACAGCAAUGGCCUCGGCAUUAACUAUGCCUGGUAAACAUUGUUUUGGUCGAACUAAAACCAUGUUUAUCACCACCAUCGAUGCUAGUGAAAAACAAACGUUCAUCCUACAAAUGCAAAUGCAACACGGCCAAUGAAACAAAAAGUCAUAGUCAACACAGUCAAACAAUAAAUAAUAAUUUAUAUUCGAAA